AUGGGUCGUCUCGGCAAGAGCCUCCGCUCCAUCUUGUGCAACAAGCAACAAGUAUGGCCCACCGUUUCCUCGCAGCAGGAUGUCAAGGCGCCAGUGCAGCCCGUGGCGCCUGUGGCGCUGUCCACGCCGUUCAACGUCCCCCAGAACGUUCCGAAUUCUGUGCACAACGUCUUCCACGUAUCUAAUGUGGUGAAGUCUUCGGUGCAGAACAUGGUGCCACUCAUGCCGGUUAACGUCCCCCAACGCGGUCCGCCUCCAGUGCACAACACCUUCCACAUAUCCCAGAUGGUCAAGACAUCCAUGCAACCCGUCAUGAGACCUCAGCCGGUCAACUUCCUCAACAGCGUUCCAGCUCCGGUGUACCACGCCCUUAAGCCAUCCCAGUUCAUCCCCGUGGCUAAGGCGAUACCCGUACAUGAAGAGACGCCCAUGGAAGUCGACGAUCCUGAUGUUGUGAUGAAGGAUCUGUCAAGACCAAAGAGGAAGCUUCCACGUAUCUUCUUGAAUCGCCCAUCGUUCCCCCUCUUCCCAGCGACUCGCGUGGUUGUGCCCAUGCAGGUAGACCUUCCAAUACUGGAAGGUCGCGGAGAAAAUGACAAGAUGGACGUCGAUACGAAACCGCUCGAGCCCAGGAACAUCGUUAAUGACGAUCAAGAGCCCAGUGAGGAGCUGCGGCGCCGGCGUACCCCUUCCGGCACCCAGCUCGUAGUCGAUCUAGCAGACGAGCUCGAGGCACUUUCGCUUCACGAGUAUGCAUCCAAGGACAUGUCGAUGCCAGCCGGUGCCGAUAUGGAUGCGCUCUGCGACAAGCUCGACUCAAUCUCCCUUACGGACGAGAUUGACCGCCUCACCGAGCUCAUGGCAAAACUCACGAUUUCAGAUGACGAGGAAGACGAGACGACGCUCGUUGCCUCUCAGACUUCCACCGGUUCCGAUACGGUUGCGAAGCCCUAUGACCUUCCCUGUUCCCAGAUCUCCCCAUGGGGAAGCUUUAAUAGUUUCACCAUCCUGACCCCGCCGACCUAUCGUCUCAUCCUUCCCCUUCCUGUUUAUACUCCUUCGAAAUCGUACCUUGGCCUUUUCGCCCGGCGUCCAGUUAUCCCUUUUUUCCUCAAGUCCUCAAUAUGGAUGAAGUGGCGGAAACCGACUUCGCGGAAGUCUACCAAGCACCGACUGAGCUUUGCGAAGGUCGACUAG